GCUCUGGACUACAUUUCCUAGGAGGCCUAGAGCAGAGAGCUGGGCUACGUUGGCUCAGAGGAGUCAGUUGGCGGGAAAAGAUGGCAGUGGCUUCUGGAGGAAGGGAGGAAGAUAUGCAAGCCUUCGUCAGGAGUGUCUUUCAGGGGAGCCCUGAUCUUAGCGUCCUCACCCAUGCCAUUGUCCGGAAGAAAUAUCUCGCCCAUAUUCAACAAGAGAGUCUAACUAAAGAGGAGAAGGAAAAAUUCAAACAGCUGGUGGAGGAGGAGUUGGUUAAAAUGCAGGUUGAUGAUUCCUCCAGCAAUGUAGAAUUGUUUUCCAAAUUGCAUUCUUCUAUCAAAUCUGGAGGCCAAAAGAGACAACGUUCUUCUGAUAUCUCUAAUGAUGAGGCCAAAAGCAGACAGGAGCAGAAAAAGCAACGAGCAGGAAUAGAGUCAGAGGUCAGCUUAGAUGAAGAGGAUUCUGGAAUUGAUUCUAAGAAGAUACAUAAGCCUGCUGGGGAAUUCGCAGAGUCCUCUGAUCAAGGGGACUCUGGAAAAGAAGGUCAUCCUGAUGGAUCUGAGAGUAAUGAGCAAAAUGCAAAGAAUGAAAGGAUGACACCAUCCCAGAAGGCAAACAGAGAGACAUCAGGCCAAACAUCAACAAAGAAGCUGUGGGGUAGGAAACAGAGAAACAGAUCGGGGAUCUCUUCUUCAAGUGAUCUUGAGGAAGAGAUCAGCAGAUGUAAGAAUGCAACAAAGGUCCAAAGAACAAGGUAUGAGAAUGAAUCAAAUCAGGAGCUGAAAGGCAGGAAGUUCCAGAGAAAAAUGGGAUUUGACAAAGAACAGAAAUGGACAGAUGGGAAGGGCAAAGGAAAGAACAGAAGGAUGAAGAGUGAGUCUGAAGAAGAAAGUGAGCCUCUUCCAGUGGGGAAAAUGCUUGAAAAGAAAGUUGUUGAUUGGAGUGAAAACGAGGAAGAGGGAGAGGAGAAGGUGGGUGGCACCAGACGAAAGGCUGAGGUCAGUGCAGGGCAAAGAACUCGGAAGGCUCAAGAUGAGAGUGAAAGUGAGGAUGAAUCGGGAAGCGAUUCGGAGGAGGAGGACAGGAUCCCGAAAACCAUGGCAAGUAAUAAACUUGGAAGGAAAAAUGUAUGUGCCAAGGAAUCAGAGAGCGAUUCGGAUGAGACUGAAGGCAAACGCCAGAUAAAGAAAGAAAUGCCCAGGACGAAAACAAGGCGGGUGAGUGGAGAGAAAUGGAACCGUAUGUCAGAGAGUGAUUCAGAAGAAAGCGAAGAACCUAAGAGGCAAAUUAAAAAAGGCAGAAUGAAGAAGGCACAAAUGAGGAAUGUGGGGGAAAGAAGGGGUCCGGGGAAAGAGCGAAAAGAGAAUGAGAAAAGCAAUAAUCCAGAAAAGAAGCAAAGAAAAUGCACGCCCAAGAAAAGUGUGAGCAGCAGUGAAUCGAACAGUGAGGAGGAUCAGCAUAAGGGCUCAAGACAAAAAAAGAAGGGAAUUGGUGGUAGUGAUGGAUCUCAGAGUGAAGCAGAGAAUGGGAGGAAAGGGGGAAGCAAGUCCCAGCCAGUGACUGUGAGCAGUGGUGAAUCUGAGAGCGAAUCAAAGGAAGCUGAAGCUGGGAGCUGGAAAAAGAGAAGAAUGCUAAAAAAGAGGAGCGGAGAUGUGUCUGGGAGUGAAUCUAGCCAGGAGGAAGGGAAGCUGAAGAAGAAAGGAACAGAGAAAUCCCAGAGAAAGAGUGUCAGUGAAAUUGAAUUGGAGAAUGAUUCUGGGGACUCUGGGAGUGAAUUGGGAAAGAAAAAAAAUGAAGGCCAUCAGAAGAAAGGAACGCAAAAGCCAAAAAGAAGUAAUAGCAAAGAAGAAUCUAGGAAUGAAUCGGAAGAAGAAAAGAGCUCCAGCUCAGAAGAUAACCCCAGUUCUUUCAAGGGGCAGCAUCAAGGAAAGGACAGAGAACAUUCUGGCAAGAGUGAGGAGCACCCCGCAAUCCGGCGGCUAAAGCGCUACAUCUGGGAGUGUGGGGUGCGCAGGAAUUACAAGAAGCUGCUUGCAGGUUGCCGUUCCCGUAAAGCCAAAGUGGAGGCACUCAAAAAGGAGCUGGAAAACCUUGGCCUGAAGGGGACACCAACUCUAGCCAAGUGCAAAGCUCUGAAGCACAAGCGGGAAGAAGCAGCUGAAGUGGCUUCACUUGAUCUCAGCAACAUCAUCACCACAGAAGGCCGUCGUCCAAGACGUAACAAUGUCUGGAGUCUCUACAGCAAGCCCCAGGAGCCGCCCACUUCCCCAGAAGAGUCGCCCAUCCGCCGUCCUUCCACCGACUGGUCCCGCCUUCGAGGAGUCAUCAGUUCAGAUGGGGAAAGCAGUUGACUUUGGGAGGGAGGGAAGGAGGGAAAGAAUUUAUGGGUCCGUUAUCCUUAUUAUAAAGGGAAGCAUAAGCUGGGCUAACAACUUACAAAUCCAGUGACCAGGAAGGGACUUCUGGUUGUUUCCAGCCCACCUCUUCUUUCCCUCCGCUUAUAAGAGAAAAAGUCUUUUAAAAAGCUAUAACACUUUUUACUGCCAACUUCUGUUGUUGAAGAGGGCAAAGGUUACAAAUGCCUCUGAGGAUAAAGAUCUGUCGCCUCCUGGACAAAGGCACAGAUGAUCCGUUCCUUCAGAUGUCCAAACCACAAAGCUCCUACACCUAUUGCCUGAUUAAAACUUCAGUAGAACAAAAGAAGCCACCCUCACAUAGGGAAACUGCUGGUUGGGGGGGGGCGGGGUAUAUAAAGAUUCCCAUAAUUACUCUUCCCAAGAGUGAACAUUCCUGAGUGUGAGUGUGUGUGAGGGAGAGGAGGAGGAGAAGGUGUGUAUUCAUUUUCAUUCCACCUGUGUUCUGGGAUGACUUUCUUCCUGUUUUCCCUUUGAUCUUUUUUCUUUUUUCCCUUUGUUGUAACUUCAAGGAGAAUGAAUCUAGUUCUGGAUUAGACCCUAAUGAAAUGGAAAGGUUUGGAUAUGCUUUUGUAAUAUGGAGCACAUUUAACCAUUGUUGUAAAUGUGUGUGUUGGAGAUUUUAUGGCUGAGAACCAAACGUUCUAUUUUGUUAAAUAAAAUAUCUUUUGGA